AUGGGCAUAUCCGUCAACUGGGAUCCUAUUGAGAAACCUUUGACAGAAUUUUUGGAAUCAUAUUCGUUUACUUCGAAUUUAAUCUUGACUCCUACAAGCAAAUUUAUUACAGAGUCAUUAAUCGUACUAUUUUUCAUCGUAUUGAGCUAUGAAACGAUAUAUUGGACAGGUAUUCACUUGAAUUUAUGGGAAUAUCAUGCCAAAGAUAUAUUUACCGAAGUACCAAUACACUGUGCUCAUGUAUAUUUCAGGUUGAAUGUAAUCAGUGCUAAAGACUUGGACCAACUUGAAAAAUAUUACUCUUUGAAGCAACAUAGUACAUUUAAUAUACUCAAAUGGAACGAGUUAAAUCAAUUAGGGUCGAGUUUAUUUAAGCUAAGGAAAUUUAUCAGAUAUCACUUCGAAUUCAGUCCUGAAGACUUCGAAAUGAAUGAGAAUCCUGAAUUUGGUUCCACCGUAAUUCACUUAAGACGCAAAAUCUUACAACUUUUUGAAAAUUCGAAGAUAUAUAAGGAAUUUCACGAUAAAGAAUAUAAAGACAGAGACGUUCUCAUAUUUAACAAGUAUGAUAAAGAAAUUGAUCACAAGCAAGAUUUAUGUUACCUCAGUAAAUGUAAUAUUGAAACUGGCAAUGUUAUUGAUUGCAUAAUCAUUUAUUAG